AUGUCCAGCACCAUGAAGGGCUUCCUCUUUGCUGUCAUCAUCGUCCUGCUCACGGUUGCAGCUGUAGAAUCCCAGAAUACACUGAGCUGUGUACAGUGUAAUUCACUGAAGGAGGUCUGUGAUGCAAAAGAUGCCACAGAGUGUCCCUCAAGUGCCACCAUCAGCUGUACAAGUUUCUCAACCAACUUUUAUCAUGAAGGAAACUCUACAUGGUAUGAGGAUCAUGCCUGCUCUGAAGAGAACUGCAGUAAGACCACGGUUGAGCCUUUCACGGUCUACGUAUCUGAAACAGAAAUCUUCCACUUUGAAAGCCAGUGUUGCCUAGGAGAGGCAUGCAAUCAAACCAGUAAUACCACCGCUCCUCCACAACAAGAGAUGCCCAGAAACAUAGAGUGCCCUGCGUGUUAUGGAGAUAAUGAAACUUCCUGUAAUGAAACCCAGAAAUGUUAUGGAGAAAGAUGUGUCAGUAUGAUUGCAGAAUUUAUAAAUGAGACGACAACGCUUGUGCUGAAAGGUUGCUCCAAUGUCAACAUCUCCACCUGUGAAUUCCUGGGUGCUGAGAAUCGGACGUUCAGAGGAGUCACUUUCCGAAAGUUUGAGUGUGCAGACAACUCCUCAAGAACCACUACCCCUACGCCGGCCACCACCGCUGGCACUGGCUCUCAAGCCUCCUUCACACCCUUGGCCCUAGCCAGCAUCCUCCUGCUAAGGCUGCUGCUCUGA